UUUUGAAAGUCGCGAAAAAUAAAACCCCGCCCACGAACGCGUACAUCUUCACGGCGGUGUGAAGGGAAUAGCGGAGUCGGGGGAAGGCGGCUGUGAGAGAAGAGAAAAAUCGAUCUCACAGAAGCAGGCAGCGUCUCUUUCUCAAAAUCGCCGUAAACUACAAACGAAGUUUGGCUUCCUCGUUUCACUCUCUGUGAUGGAUAUGAACGACCCUUUGGAUUUCGAAGUAGAAGACAACCUUCUCAAAUCUCCUCCAAGUAACAAUAAAAGGAAGAAAGUUAUUGGGUUGGAUGAUCUUCUUAAAGACCAUUAUAGAGAACAGGACAAGCUUUUGGAGAAGCAGAAAAAGGUUAAAACUAAGACAAAGAAGAAUAAAAGUAUCUAUGAUGAUGAAGAUAGCAAGGAAGCCAAGUUAACUAGGCUAGUUGAGAAAUGUCACAAUCAGUUGAAAGCUUUCGGUGAAGAUCAAGAAAUUCCACCUUGGGGAAUAAAAGUUUUUGGAGAACAGAAAUCCUUUCCCUCUCUAGAUUUUCCUGAUAUUGGAAGUUGUAACCUUUUACAGUCUUUUUUGAACAACAAGCUAAAUUCUGUGGUUCAAUUGGCCUCUGACAAAGGAGAUAUCUUUCUUGAAGGGUUAUUAGUUAAUGGCUGGCUUCCAAAAUUAGCUUUCGUGCGUGGUCAUGUUGAAAAGCCAGUAGCCAUUUGGGCCUUCAAGACAAUGUUAUAUUCAUCCAAAAAAGAGCUCCAAAACUCUUCCAGUGACUUUUGGUGUGCGAUUCUCUCUUUUGAAAAGGAGGUUGAUGAGUUGCCUGUCAAAAUUGAUUGGUUUCCUGGGUAUACAGAUUUGAGAAGAGCUCUUGACAUUUACGGGUUUCUCUUCAAAUUUUCAGCCAGUGUUGACCCUAAAUGUUUAGGUGAAUUUCUUAUGUCUGCACUAGUUUAUCUCUGCAUUGUGAAAGAUGGAUUGUCCUUCUAGAGAAAUAUGAAUUUGUUAAUUUUCAGCAUUGUAAAGUUGAAGUGUUCUAUAUUUUUACAUUGGUAUAUAUCCAAUGUAGAAAUAUUUGUGCGCCAUUUCAAGAAAAUUUGUUAAUCUCUUGCCAGUUGUUGACAUGCUUCUAAGAACAAUCUAAAUGUCUUUUAGAUUCUGCCAUUAGAGGACCACCACAAAAUAUUAUAGCUUGGGUCAGAUUUGUCACUGCCUGUUGUCUGAUAAGGUAGUCAACACCAGUGAGUCUACUUAGAGGAUAACCUGAAUGAUUUUCUGUUAUUUGUUUCUUUGUUGGUCAUCAUUUGAGUUUGAGGUUGCUUUUAUUAUAUUUCCUACUGAUAAUUCAAGUAAUAAAAUUUUGAAAGUAUGAUAAUGUCAAUUCAUGUCUCUUGAUUCUCAUUGCAGGAGUAAAAAAACGAUCUUUUCUAUUGUAGAAGCCGAAGAGAUAGUUGAAAUUAUUAUUUGUCUAUUCCUUGAUCGCCAGUUUCAGGGUUUGUUGGUGCUUUUGAGUGACUGCAUGCAGGCAAUUGUUAAUUACUUUACAGACCAGGAAUGGUGCUCAAGUUGUGAGAACAUAGCAAAAUUCAUUUCUUGCAGGGUCUCUAAGGAUUUGAAUUGCAUCCAGACUACUGAAUGUGUUUCAAAAGUUAACUUUCGUUGUAAGCAACUUAGAAGGACAAUUGCUUAUCAGACCCUGCUUUCUUGUUUUGAUGGAGUAUGCUACCUUCCCUUCUCUCAUCAAGUUUAUUUAUGCUUGUGCAUAUGAAAGGUACAAUGAAGGUCCCAGUGAUGUGAUGGAAAGUUAGUAUAUGAGCAGCAAGUUAUAGAUUAUGUUUACUGUUGCUUGUUUGAAUGAAACUGCUGUGUAAUAAUUUAGAAAAAAAAAAAAGAGUUGUUUGUGAAAUUAUUCAUUGAGUUUAUUUUUGUGGAAUGUUUGUCAAAGCUUUUCUCACUCAUUCUUUUUAUGGUAUUAACAAAUACUACUAAGCCAUGUUUGAUCUCAAAAAUUCUCCACCACUUAAAUUUUCAAAUAUGCCCUUAAUAUUUCUAUUUUUUAAGUCCAAAAUCCAAAGUAUUGCCAACAAUUAAAUUUUCAAAUAAGGCUCUUAAUAUUUCCAUAUUCAUUAAUUCAAUGUAUAUGUAAUUUGGAAAUAGUCCUUUCUUGUUUGAGCAUAGAACUGUAGAUCUAUGCAUUAAUAAGCAUUGUUGGUUUUAUUAUUUGAACUUUGAUUUUCAUUUUAAAAUAUUUGUGUAUUACAAACUGAAAACACUAAGCAAAAUGUGCAAGCUGACUUUUAAGUUUUAAGACUUGACUCUCAAUAACAAAUUGAUGUGAGAAGAUUCUGUUAAAAAAAAAAAUCAGCAUUAAGUACAACCAAAUUAAUUGUGACAGUAUGCAUGGAUAUGAAUAGAGAUUUGCUUCUGAACUUUUGGAAAGUGAGCUGACUUUUUCUCAGGUCAACAGUGGAGAAGAGAUUGUCAGAUCACUCACAGAAAUUAACUUCAAAGACAAAAGUUGUGAUUUCUUCAAGAUGUAUAUUCACUUAGUUUUGACAGAGAAUUGGGUUUUGUCCAACUUAUAUAUUGAAGACAAUCCAGUAAUCUAUGAGAUGUUUUGUCUUUUUCUUAGACAUUGUUCUAGCUUAAUUUCAGCCACGGACCUACGAUCAUAUGCAUCAAAGGUUCGUCAUAGGGCAGCAUAUCUUUUGCACUUCUACAUCUAUAAAUAAUUGGUUUCAGGUAUCUUCAGUAUCCUAUACGCAGAAUUUUAUCAAGUAACAAUGAGAUGAAAAUAUUUUAAAGAAAGUUAUCUAGUAUCUAAUAGAUAAGGUGAAAGUCUUGUAGACCUUUGGCAUAUAUUGUGCAUAUUAAUAGUUGGUGCCAGAGGUACAUAACAAUACUUAUCCUAUUGGUUGGUCAACUGAAUGAUGUGUACUUUAUCAAUGACUUCAUCUGAAACGAAUAUCCAAUCUCAUGGACAGACCAGUAUAAUCUUAGAAGAUUAUAUGUCCCAACAUUGCAUUCUUGCCUCAAACGACUACACACAUAAACAUAUUUCCUUUAGAGUGCAUCUUCACUUAUUUGGCAUUUUACUUGUAGCGAAGACAUUUACUUUCACAGAAGCUGUCAAGUCUCUCUUCUUGUCCUGAGAUGGCCAAAUCUUAGAGGUUGAAAGAUUAAGGAAUGCUGUGUUGCAUUGACACUAAGCACUACAUAGCUUUUUUUUACUCUUACAUCUGAUUCUUCAAACUUGUACAGAAUGCUCUCCUCUCCUUAAGCAUGAGAUGUUCUAAGAGCAUACAAGAAGGGUGAAAUUGGUUGUUUUGGCUUUUUGUUAGCUGACAUGAAUUAAGAUUUGUUGCUCAUCCAAGGCUAUAAAUUGCUAACUUUUGAAAUAACAAUGUAAUUUAAAGAGUGAUGUUAUUGUUUC